UGAAGGGAGGAGCCACGCACGCUGCGUGAUGGCGUCACAUUCACUGCUGCGCUGUGGGACCAGCAGAUCAAGCACAUUGGACUCGGCCCUGAUCAUCUCACCAAAUAACACUUUUUAACAACACAGUUGUGCAAACUCUGUGCAAGCUGGAGUGGCUGCCAUGGGUGACACUCUGGAAUUCAAUGAGAUUUAUCAGGAGGUCAAAGGCUCCUGGAAUGAUGGGCGCCUGCGCUUCAGUAAGCAGACUCUGGUGUAUAAAAACAGUAAGACCGGGAAGGUGGACAGCAUUCCUGUCCAUGAACUCACCCAAGCCCAGUGGAGGAGAGUUUGUCUGGGUCAUGGCCUUAAACUGUCAACCAGCACUGGUCAUAUCUACAAAUAUGAUGGCUUUAAAGAUACAGACAUUGAAAAGAUCUCAGAGUACUUCAAAGCCAACUACAAACUGGAGCUGACAGAGAAAGAUAUGUGCGUGAAGGGUUGGAACUGGGGCACUGCGAAGUUUAGUGAACCAUUGCUUUCAUUCGAGGUAAAUGACAGCCCUGCAUUUGAGAUCCCACUUUCCAGUGUAUCCCAGUGUGCAACGGGAAAGAAUGAGGUCACAUUGGAGUUUCAUCAAAAUGAUGACACAGAGGUGUCCCUCAUGGAGGUGCGCUUCUAUGUCCCGCCCACCCCUGGAGACGAGGGUUCCGAUCCAGUUGAGGCAUUUGCUCAGAACGUUUUGUCAAAGGCAGAUGUGAUCCAGGCUACAGGAGAUGCCGUGUGUAUCUUCAGAGAGCUGCAGUGUCUCACACCAAGGGGCAGGUAUGAUAUCCGCAUUUAUCCAACAUUUCUCCAUCUGCACGGUAAAACGUUUGACUACAAGAUCCCAUACACUACAGUGCUCCGCCUCUUCCUUUUACCUCAUAAAGACCAGCGGCAGAUGUUCUUUGUGAUCAGUCUGGACCCGCCCAUUAAACAGGGUCAAACCCGUUAUCAUUUUCUUAUCCUCCUGUUCUCAAAGGAAGAGGACAUCAAUCUGACACUUAACAUGAACGAGGAGGAGGUGGAGAGACGCUUUGAAGGGAAGCUUAAUAAAAACAUGUCUGGCUCUCUAUAUGAGAUGGUUAGUAGAGUCAUGAAGGCCCUGGUCAACAGGAAGAUCACAGUGCCCGGAAAUUUCCAAGGUCACUCAGGUGCUCAGUGCAUAACAUGUUCAUAUAAAGCCAGUUCUGGUCUGUUGUAUCCGCUGGAGAGAGGUUUCAUCUACGUGCACAAGCCUCCUGUACACCUGCGCUUUGAAGAGAUUGCCUGUGUGAACUUCGCCAGAGGAACCACCACCACCCGCUCUUUCGACUUUGAGAUCGAGACCAAGCAGGGCAAUCAGUACACCUUCAGCAGCAUCGAGAGAGAGGAAUAUGGGAAGCUUUUUGACUUUGUCAAUGCUAAAAAGCUAAGCAUUAAGAACAGAGGCUUUAAAGAGGGUAUCAAAGGCAAUGACAAUAUGUACAGUGACUCUGACGACGACCAGCAUGAUGCCUACCUUGAGCGCAUGAAGGAGGAGGGCAAGAUCCGUGAGGAGGCCAACGGCAGUGAUAUCUCAGAGGGCGAGAGUGAUGAAUCUUUUAAUCCCGGUGAAGAAGAUGACGACAUUGCUGAAGAGUAUGACAGUAAGGCCUCUGCCAGUGAAAGCAGCGGUGAUGAAGGAGACAGCGAUCGAGACCGGAAGAAGAAACCAGCCAAGAAAGCAAAAUUAGUGAAAGAAAGAAAACCACGCAAGAAAGUGAAAAAGGUAAAGGACAUAAACGCCCCAAAGAGACCAAUGAGCGCCUACAUGCUGUGGCUGAAUUCCAGUAGAGACCGCAUCAAAUCGGAGAACCCAGGCAUCUCUGUCACUGAAAUCUCUAAAAAGGCUGGAGAAAUGUGGAAACAACUCAGCAAAGAGAAGAAAGAGGAGUGGGAUGGAAAAGCAGAGGAAGCAAAGAAAGAGUAUGAGCGAAAGAUGAGAGAGUACAGGGAGAGUGGUGGAGGCUCCUCGGGCACCUCAAAAAGGGAGAGAAAGAGAAAAGGAAAGAAUGAAGAAAAGAGGAAGAAGUCAGGUGGCGGGAGAGAGAAAGAGAAAGAGCGAACAACAGGCAACGACAGUUUUAAGAGUCGAGAGUUCAUAUCCAGUGAGGAGAGCUCAUCAGAGUCAGAGAGAGGCAAAAGACGCAAGCGCAAGAAGUCUGUUGAUGAAGAAGAUGUGGCCAGCACACCACCGAGCUCUGAAGAGUCCGGCUCAGACUAAAGGAAACAAAUGGUAGAGCUAUGGAGGAACAAUCCUAUUUCAAUUUUUUCAUCUCUUUUAUUGUACAGUACAUAGUUAAAUGAACCUAUUAUACGGUAUGUUUUGGCAUCACUCUUCUAGAUCAUCAAGAUGUUGAGAAACUCUUGUGUAGUGUAUAUUGCACGUCUGGUAGUUGACUCAACAGUAGUGUGUAUUCUCUGUAUGCUGUGUAGUCCUUUUGACAACUUCGUGUUUAUCUGUUUGGAUUAGGGCUGUCAAUAGAUUAAUCACACCCUUUUCACGCGAUUAAGUGCGAUUAUACACUAUUUAUUUUGUUUUAUAUAUGUUUAUUUUAGUGCUGUCAAUCGAUUAAUCACACCCUUUUCACGCGAUUAACUGCGAUUAAUCACACAUGUAUAGUGAAAUUAAACACGUACUAUUUAUUUUGUUUUAAAUAUGUUUAUUUUAGUGCUGUCAAUUGAUUAAAAAUAUGAACUAACUAAUCACACAGCUUUUGUGUUUUUAAAUUUACUUUUAUAUUCAAAUAAUUACACAUUUUAUCUCCAAAUUAAUGUGGAAACAACACAUUUCUUUAACAGCAUCUUUUUUUGAAUGAAAGCCAACAUUGUAAUAUUGUUGGCUAUGCAACUGAUGUCUUUAUUAAAUAUAUAACUUUUUUCUACUAUUUUCACUUCUCUUUGCAUUAAUUUAAGACUCUAUUUAACUUGUUGAAGACUUGUUUGCGCUGUCUGUCAGAUUCUGAUGCAGCCUUUUGCCCAUGUGUACACCAUAAGGGACAGUUGUUGCGUUGCAUUGUAUACUAGACAGGUCAAUACAACCAUUUCGAAUCACGCCUAAAUAGUUAGCCUUCAUAUGAAUCAGAGCCUGGUUAUAUAAUGUAUCGCUAGACAAUGAUGACACAAAAAUAGAUUUUGCAUAAAUGGCGUUAAAUUUAUUUUACAUGUUAAUCUGAAAAAAACAUUGACAGUCCUAGUUUGGAUCCAAAACGCAAUACACAGUGAUUUACAAAAACACAAUAGAAAUCAUAUAUUUAACACAUCUGCUUGCUUUAUAUGUACUAACAUUAAAACGACUUAAUUUAUUUAAUUUACAAUUUCGUUUAAAUUCAUUUUUUGUCUGGAAAUUAACAUUGAUUUAAUACAGUAAAUAUUUGUUGUUGCAAUAAACAGUGUAUUACAUUUUUUUAACUAUUAACCUUCUCUUCUAUACCCACGUUCUCACUUCUAACACCUACAACCCAUCUCCACUAUAAAAUUAGGAGUACAGCUCAAUACAGAACCCACGAGUAUUAAAUCUCAUUAUGGAUAGCAUUACUGUACAUGACCAUCACACUCCUCAAUUAUCUUUUAAUUUGAUUUGCGACCUCUUCUCCGUUUCAUGUGCGUAAGUAUAAAUUUGUGGUUGUUGAGAUAAAGAGCUUGUGGUUGUAACAAAAGCAGGCCAAUUUAACCAUGGCAAAAAAAAAACUUUCCCAGCAAACCUAACAGACACAAAGCAUUAACAAAGCAUUCUGGAAACCAGAAAUUGAUAUUUACAUGUUUUCAUUUAAAAAUGGAAUUUUUGAUUCCGAGAAUGCUUUUGCUGAGGCUGUUAUUUUGUCCUCUUUUUUUGGUGAUAAGGAUAAAGACCUAUCUUUGAAUAAACUGUUGUCAGUUAUUUACAUAAAUGUAAAUGUACUGUAAGUUACUGGCAAACUGCUGUAGUACUGUAAUUUCUAUAGACAUUUUUUACAGUAUAGGCCUACUGGCAGAAAUAUGUCUAUUUGGCAAGUAUUUGUACUCAAUCUUUAAAAACUAUAAUGAAGUUAUAAUGAAGUUAUUCUGAGGGCUUGUAGUUGAAUUAACUGUAACGAUUGUGUAGCCUAAACACAGUGACAAUUUUGAGAGAGUUAAAAAGCAAAAAUGUUCUAUUAAAAGUUUGUAAAUAAGUAUGAUAUUGGGCUGGUUUCUCGCACAGGGAUUAUUAUACUAGUCCUAGACAAAAUAAAUGUUAGAAUUGUCUAAACUGAAAACGUCUAUUGUGUCGAGACGACAGAUGGGGUUCGCCCUUGAGAACCAAUCAACUCUACUGACUACUAUUGAAAAGGCCAAUGAAAUUUGGCGAAUGAAAUUUGCAGCAUACAUUUACCUAUUGUUCUGAAGAGCCUGAGAGCCUCUCACGACUGCAGCAGAGGACGAUACGUGUUGUGGCAUAAGGGACACAACAUCUUGUUCCCUCCAUCAGGAAACUGAGGUUACAGACGUAACCUAGACAUUUCGUCGGCUGGUGGAGCCAACCACAUCUCGAAGGGGGGCCCCGGAGGGUAGGUUGGCUCCACCUACUUACCUGCCUGGCGUAACAGCUGCACGCACUGUCAGUUUGUGAGUGAUGGCUGCUGUCAUGUGUGUUUGACCUCACGCCUCGCCAAGACGUGAGAUCUUAUGAUCGAGCACAGUCCAGUGGAGUGUGGGAUCGGCUGCAAAGUACACCCGGGGAGAACAAAAAACUCUGUGAGUAAGUGAGCGCCAGGCCCUGAAAAGGGUCCGGCUUUGGUGACGAGGCAGGAGCCGUUCCGUACCGACCGAUCAGAGGCAUGGCUGUGAAGGUCGGGCCCGAUGUUGUUCUCCCUGGGGUCGUCCUGUCAGUGUCACCUUUUGCUAGAAGGUUGCUGACGGGGUGGAGUUUUCCCCCUCGACCUCUGCUUCCGGGGUGCCGCCUGUGCAGCUGGAGCCGAUGUCGAAGGGGUCCUGGGCUGCCGGGAAGCAGACAUCGCGUGGGAUCUCGGAGGCCUCUGGGUGGCCGAGUUGCGGCGUGUUAAAAUGUGGCUAAUCGCGACUGUCUGCUUCUUCCUCAACGGUGUCACCAACAGCCCACCCUGCCAGACGUGCGCAUAAAGAAAACAGACUUUCUCGGUGUCACUCAUCUGCGCAAGGUUCAGCCAGAGGUGUCUCUCCAGGACCACUACCGUGGACUAUCGUCCGAACCAGGGCCCGUGCGGCACGGAGAUCCUGCAUUAUACCCGGGUCGGCCUUACCCUCUUGGAGCUCUCUAAACGCCUUGGCCUGGUGGACCUGCAGGAUGGCCAUGGCGUGCCGUGGAGAGAGGAGGCAGCCUGGCCCGCAGAAGCGCAAGCCUUCGAAACCAGUGAUGCCGAAGUCCUAUACGCCUUGGGCAGAAGGCAUGGCCGAUUCCCCCAGGUGGCAGCCGUCUGCAGGCACAGGUGCACCGCAACCGCACGUUCCACCUGGGAGAUCUCGACGUAGCCUUUGGCUGCCUCACCAUCGAGGGAAGUGAGGGAGCCAGAGCUGGUUUGACUGGAGCGGGCCGUGAGUGGAGCGCUCCAAGUUUUACACAGCUCCUCAUGCACCUCCGGGAAAAAUAGCACCGGGGGUGGGCGUGGUUUGCACUGCGCUCCGACCCCGGGAACCACCUAUCCAGCCGCGAGCGUUGCGGAGGAGGCAGUGCAUACACUGCCACCCAAUACUCGCGGCGAAUUUGUGCUUGAGGAUCCGGAAGGUAUGCCACCGAUGGGUGGCGAACAUUCAGAAGAGCUAGUCGAAUUUGCAGUGCGGGCAAGAUUUGUCAAAGAAAGCUGCCUCAGCGUACUGGACGCCCAGACACUUGAUGCAGCUAUCGUGUCCAUCCCCCUCCUCGGUGAGGGUACCGCACCCAAGAGAACAGCGGGACAUGCCAUGCUGGAGAAUGCUCAGUCCUGAAAAGGACCUUUUGGAAAAUAUCUUUAACACCUCUGGAACCGCCGAGACGCCCAGGGGAAGGUCGCUGCAGGUUGGGACGAUCGGCUGCUCUACGUCGUAGAUCCAGCAAUGUAGGAGAAGAAUUCGUUGAAUUCGUCUUAUUCAUAGUCAUGAGCGAAGGCUCUGAAGAACAAAAGGUAAAUAAAUGCUGCAAAUUAAUUUCAUUCGCCAAAUUUCAUUGGCCUUUUCUAUAGUAGUCAGAGUUGAUUGGUUCUCAAGGAUGAACCCCAUCUGUCGUCUCGACACAACGUCGAGAGACCGACAGAAAGGGAACAACAGACAUUUCUUUAAAUACAUCAGUGCAAUUGUUUUGUCUCUUGAAAUGCACACAAGUAAUGCCUUUUUGUAAGUCAUGUUAGUAAAAACAACUUAUAUGUGCUAAUUUAACCAAGCCCUAGUCCUGACUGCAUCCAAUUCCUGUUUAAUUUGAAAAACAAGAAAACAAGUAUACUUAAAAACUACUGACAGUAUACUUCAAAGUGUACUUUCAUAAAGUAUAGAAUCAAUAAUGUGCUAUUGAACUAAUAAACAGUCAGUAUGCAUACACAUUAAUUUAUUGUAUUGCAGUACAAAUGUCAAACUUAGUGGUAAACUUGCACUUGAAAGUGAGUACACUUCUACAAUCUAAAAGUGGACCAAUUUAGUCCCAAAUAUCUAUAAAUGUAAUACCAUUUUUUUUUCAAAUUGAUUUUGAUGAAAUGUAUUUUGCCAAUUAAAAAUAUAUUUCAAGUUA